AUGGAGCAACAAGAAAAGGCCCGGCUGCGUCUAUGUGUGCCCACUGUAGCUGUAGUGUGUUUGUGCGUGUGCAGAGACUCUGAGGCUGAACUUCAGGUUCCGUCCACUGGCAGAACAUUCCAGACUUUGCGGCGCAGUGAGGAGGGAGGUUUCCUUUUGAACAGCAGUGACCCACCUGGACCCAUGGACAAGCUCGGUCACCCUCCUUCCUCCAUGCGUGGUCUAUAG